AUGACAAUAGAUAUGGACGACGAAUUCUCUUCCGUACCGGAAACAUUGGGUGAACGACUUGAACAGCUCAAAAAGAAAUAUAACGAAUAUAAAGCUCGCAAGCCUGACGCACCGGAAUGGUUCUCCCGAGAGUAUAACGAAAAACAGCGAGGACCAGAUGGUAUUUUAUGGUCCGCACCUCAUGAUGUACGCUAUCCACAGUAUAAGGUGACACGACAUUGCUUCGAUUACUAUGUUGAUUAUCACCGCUGUAUAACAUUGCUUGGUGAAAAACACGAGCCGUGCAAAAUUUUCCGAAACGUUUAUAUGGAUUUGUGCCCCAUGAAAUGGAUAGAGACAUGGAACAAUCAGGUCAAGGAGGGUAUUUUUCCCGUUAAAUUUGACCGAUAG